AAAAAUAGUUUUAAAAUGUGUUGAAAAAACCAUAUUAAGUGUUUGAGAGUUAAUUUAUGUUCUGAAAAGAAAAAUUUUGAAAUGGAGGAACAUAUUUUUAUCACUUUUAAAGUGUUUUUCGAAGUUUAAAAGGGAAGAAAUCUAAUGACGAUUGUAUGUUUGUAGAGGUUUCUACUGUAUUUGUAGUUUGUUGUUCCACUCUGUCUAUGGUAUGGCUUUGAAAUUUCAAAAGUUGGAAGAAGAUUAUCUUUCUUUACUUUCAGAGUUUAAUACUUUGAAAGUCAAGCUGGAAUGUAAAACAGAUUCCUUGUUGAUCUUAGGACAUGAAUUAGAGCAAUGCCAGUCCGAGAAAGAUCAGUAUAAACUCAUGGCCGACCAACUUAGAGAAAGAUAUAGUGCCUUGAAACGAAGAGUUGAAGGAUGGGGUCCAUCUUUGUUAGGUGUCUAUGAUGUUGAUGGUUUGAAAUGUGAUAGAGAAAAAAGUCUGGCCCAUUUGUUAUGUGAGUUAAAAGACCAAAAUAAAGCUUUGAAAUUUAAAACAGAAAAUUUGAAACUUCAACUAGAUGAUGCUUAUGGAGACAUCAAGUUACUGAGGGAAGAAUUGUCUAAGCAUCAAGCUGAUUCUCUAAGGGAGACUUUAUCUGAAAAUUUUCUUUCUCUUAAUGAAAAGGAAGCUUUGAUAAAACAACUAGAAACUCAAAAUUUAAAGUGCAAACAAUUAACACAAGAUUUACAAGCUGUGUUAGAUGAAAAAGAGGAAUUGGUUACUGCUAGAGACCAAUAUCGACAUAAAUAUGAGAGACUAAAUCAACAAUUAAAUUAUAUCUUGAGAGGUGAUCAGCAAACAUUAAUUGAUAUUGAUGGUGUUUUAUUGGAAAAUAAAUAUCUUCAAGAAAGAAUAAAACAAGUAGAAGAAGAAAAGGCUGUAAUGGCAUCAUCCCUUGCUAAGUGCAAAGCCCUUUUGGAGAAAAAGCGUGCAAAAGGUGGAAUGAGAAGUACUAUUGCCUCAGGAUUGGCUGUAAGUGCUAAACAAGUGGAACAAUUAUUACAGAAUAAACCUUUUCUUGAUUUGAUGAAUAAGUCCUCAAAUGCUACUGAAUUUCGCAAUUUAGUUAUCACCUUGUUAGAAGCAUUGAGUGACAAGAGCAUUGCUCUUUCUCAUCAAAAGAAAACGAAUAAAAUUCUUGGGAAUAGAGUUAAGGAACUCCAAGAAAAAAUAAAAUCGAUGGAAGUUUCCUCAUUGUGGAGAGUUCCUGACCCUACACAACUAUCCCUUUUGUUUCAUGACUGUGAACAUGACAACUAUCGUUCUGCUGAGAAAAGCUCCCCUCUUCAUUCCAUUCUCUCAUCGCUUGAUAAUGAGAGGAAAGAGGAUUCUCCUGAAAUUAUACUGGAUGAUCAAAGCAUUAGAAGUGAUGAUCAGUGUUCAGUCUCAGAGCUGAGUGCAGAUCUGAGGACAAAUUCUGGAUUCAGUGAUUUGGACAUUUUACCUACUAAAGAUUAUUCAGUCAAAGAUCUGAAAUUUGAUAGACGUGAGAGCAUGAGCAGCUGCAGUCGUUACAGUGAUUCAAGGAACAGCUCAGCAUCUCCAUCACCUUUACAUACAUCUCGAACAUUACACAGCGAUUCAGAAAUAACGCCAAAGAAAUCUUUAACUAUGAGUCAGCUAUACAAAUCAACAUUCAAUAAAGAUCGUCAUCAGUGGUCAUCAUUAGAUGUUGAUGAUCUGCCACCUAAGCUACAAAAAUUUAUAGCUGCUGCAUUUGCUGAAAUAGAAGACAAGACGGACUGUGAUGAAACAAUUGUCAAAAGCCCACUUCAUAAAUUAAACCCACCAGCAAAAAGUAAUCCUAACUGUUGAUAAAUUGAGCUCUAGUUUCUCGAGUUAUUUAUAGCUCUUAGAGUCCGUUGGGGUUACCCGAAACACAGCGUAAAUGGAAAGGUACUGCAUGGGGUUUCUAAAACUAGACUAUGGAUGAUGACUGAACAACUUAGGAAGACAUUCAAGAGAGUUCCAAAUACAAGGUGAUGCAAAAGUAAUGUCAUAAUAUUUGAAUUGGCUUAAUUGUUCGAGCACAUGAAACACAACGACAGGGAAAACAACAGUGAAAUUCAUGUUGCCUUAAAACAACAGUCUUAAAAUUUGUCAAAUAAGCAGUAACAAUAAAUCCACGUUCUUGAGGUGUGUAUCCCUCCAUGGUUUGUUGAAAACUAAUUCUCUCACCACAUAUCUACAUCAUAAAUAUCAAAAUAGGGUGACAUUUGGCCCCAUCUGCAAAAGUGGCGGUCAAUUCAAAUUAUGACAUGACCUUUGAGCCACCCUGUAUUUCUAAACAACUGCAUAGGUGUCACCAUUAUUUGAAGCAGUAAGAAGCAAAGGGAUGCAAGUAGACAUUUUCUAACUUUAAGUUAAACACGUUUCAAGUUCUGGUCCUAGGUAGGCUUUCAUUGAUUUUUUUUUUCUAAAUCAUGCUGUUUAACUGCACCUACCAGAGCUACUAGCACUCUUGCCCCCAAGACAAAGGAGAGGCUCCCCUACCAUUUGUGCUUGUUAUCUCCAAAUUUUUAGUGUUGGCCCUUACAUCCCUUUGCUUCUCACUGCCUCCUUUGAAGAUGGUAUUGAAAACUGUUUACAAAAGAAUGUACAUUUUCUUCUGUGGUAGUUCAGAUCCUAGGUAGCUUUCAUUGAAAUCUUUUUCUAAUCAUGCUGUAUAGCAGCACCCCCGAGAGCUUCCAAUACCAUCUUUUGCUCUAAAACAGAGGAGAGGUUCUCCUACUAUUUCUGCUGAUUAUCUCCAAAUUUUUAAUUUUGGCACUUACAUCCCUUAGCUUCUCACUGCUUCAUAUGGCCCAUGGGCAGCAGGUUCAGUAAUGUUGCUCUGGAACUUAUUAACCAUCUGAGAUGAAUAAAUGCAUAUGUCACAAUUUUCUACCUGCAUCAACCUUGUAGGGAAGAAAAUUGCUAUUUCCAUUUGACCAAUCUUUGGCUUAAAGGAAAACAUCCUGAGGUAAAUGAAAUUGGACUUCAGUUGCUAACCACAGUAUCCACAAAGUCGAAUGUUUCAUGUAUAUUUAAUCUCUUUGGAUAUGUGAGUUAAGGGUGCCCCACCUCUCAAUUUACCUAAGAGAUAGGGAAAGAUCCCAAGUUAAAGCAUUGAUUUUUUUUCCAAUCACCUCAACUGACCCGACCCUACUUGGGUUUGAUACUACUUUCUUGUAUAAAUUACAUUCCUUUUUUUAAUUUUUACAAAAUUAGUUGUUCUUCAUUUGUUUAGAGCUUUGCCUAAUUAGACUUAUAUAUAAAGAAAGUUUUGUUACAGCAUUUUUUAAAAAUUUGUUUAUUGUAAAAUAUGAGAGAUUGGU